CAGCCAGCUCUGGGGGGCGGGCGCUGGAGCGCAGCGCAGCGCAGCCCUAUCCGUCCGCGGACGGGACUCAACUGGAAGCCGAGCGCUGCCGCGGGAGGCGGGCGAUGGGGGCAGGUGCCUCCGGCAGCGCCAUGGACGGGCCGCGCCUGCUGCUGCUGCUGCUCCUGGGGGUGUGCCUUGGAGGUGCCAAGGAGGCAUGUCUCACCGGUCUGUACACCCACAGCGGGGAGUGCUGCAAAGCCUGCAACCUGGGUGAGGGGGUGGCCCAGCCUUGCGGAGCCAACCAGACCGUGUGCGAACCCUGCCUGGACAGCGUGACCUUCUCGGAUGUGGUGAGCGCCACCGAGCCGUGCAAGCCGUGCACCGAGUGCGUGGGGCUGCAGAGCAUGUCGGCGCCGUGCGUGGAGGCGGACGACGCCGUGUGUCGCUGCGCCUACGGCUACUACCAGGACGAGACGACGGGCCGCUGCGAGGCGUGCCGCGUGUGCGAGGCGGGCUCGGGCCUCGUGUUCUCGUGCCAGGACCGGCAGAACACCGUGUGCGAGGAGUGCCCCGACGGCACGUACUCCGACGAGGCCAACCACGUGGACCCGUGCCUGCCCUGCACCGUGUGCGAGGACACCGAGCGCCAGCUGCGCGAGUGCACGCGCUGGGCAGACGCCGAGUGCGAGGAGAUCCCUGGCCGGUGGAUUACCCGGUCCACGCCUUCGGAGGGCUCAGACAGCACCGCCCCCAGCACAGAGGAGCCCGAGGGACCUCCAGAGCAAGACAUCAUAGCCAGCACAGUGACAGAUACGGUGACCACAGUGAUGGGCAGCUCUCAGCCCGUAGUGACCCGAGGCACUGCCGACAACCUCAUCCCUGUCUACUGCUCCAUCCUGGCUGCUGUGGUUGUGGGCCUGGUGGCCUAUAUUGCCUUCAAGAGGUGGAACAGCUACAAACAGAACAAGCAAGGAGCCAACAGCCGGCCCUCGAACCAGACGCCCCCGCCGGAGGGAGAAAAGCUUCACAGUGACAGUGGCAUCUCAGUGGACAGCCAGAGCCUGCAUGACCAGCAGCCCCACACGCAGACGGCCGCAGGCCAGGCCCUCAAGGGGGAUGGAGGUCUCUACAGCAGUCUGCCACCAGCCAAGCGGGAGGAGGUGGAGAAGCUGCUCAACGGCUCUGCGGGGGACACCUGGCGACACCUGGCCAGUGAGCUGGGUUACCAGCCGGAGCACAUAGACUCCUUCACCCACGAGGCCUGCCCAGUCCGAGCCCUGCUUGCCAGCUGGGCUGCCCAGGACAGCGCGACGCUCGACGCCCUCCUGGCGGCCCUGCGCCGCAUUCAGCGAGCCGACAUCGUCGAGAGCCUGUGUAGCGAGUCCACAGCCACGUCCCCCGUGUGAGCCGCCCCCGGAGCCCCUGCCCUGCCCCCACAUUCCGACGACUGAUGCUCCAGCCGCCCCCACAGGCCAGCGUCAGAGCUGAGCUCCUCUGGGCAGGGCCGUGGGGCCCAGGCCCCUCCACCACUGCCCUGUCCUGGCUCCUGUGUGCCCCCGUUGCUUCUGACCACUCUCUCCGGUGCCAGAAGAGCCCCUGCUGCCCCUCCCACCCUUGCCCCUAAGCAUCCCAUCUGCAUUUUCUGCUCCCCUCUCCCCACACUUCUAGGUGGGCCAGCCCCUCCCACCUCAGCAGGUGUCAGGCCUAGGGGGCUAACACCAAGGGCGGUCUUGGGGGUGAUGACAAAGCCCCAGAGACUCAAAGGGAGAGACCAAGGAACCAGAGCCAUGGGCUCUACACUGUGAACUUGGGGAAUGAGGGACCAUCACUGUGGCCUACAUCUUCCCUCAGCCCCCUCACCCUCCUCUCUGGCCCAAGAUGAAGACGACCAGAGGCUUGUCAGAGCUGCAAGGGGGUUUUGAAGUCUAGUCCUACCCCCUUGUUUCAUGUAUAGGACAGACAGGCCCAGAGAGAGGGAGCGACUUGCCCAAAGCCACCCAGCAAUGGGGAGGACAGAUGUGGGCUGGCCCCCCGCUCUCUGAAUUAGGGGGUGCUGCCUUCAGGUUUGCUUGAGGUUAGAGAGCCAGCGGAGGGGUUGGGGGGGCAGGGAACCCUCUGGGAAAUGUCUCAAAGCCAAAUCCAGUGUGCCCUCCACCACCUCCAGGCCUGUCCAACCCCUGUGGAGAUGGGAGGCUUCGCCCAAGGCCUGGUGCACUGAUCUGUCACGGUCAGAGGUGGACUUGAUGGAGCAUGGUUUGAGGUUUGUGGAAAAGGAUGCCGCUCCUCUUUGCCAGUCCCGCUUGGGCAUGCCAGUGUGGCAUCCGCGGUGUGGCCCAGUGUGCUGGUAGCUUCCAUCCCAGCACAGACCUGGAGCCAACCCAGGCAGUGUCUUCUCCUAGAGCCAGGCCCGGGGUCAGGGACUAAAGGCCCCCAACCUGGGACAAACACACACACACACACACACACACACACAGAGCAAUCCUGCUUUUCUCCACAAGUUUUUUCUCUUGGGCUGGGACCGGAUCCUGCCCAGGGCAGCUGCCAGAGAAGCAGUGAAGGGAUUUGAACUCGGCUUGCCCUCUUCCCUCGCCCCUGCUUUGGCGGGCCAAGGAAGGCUGAGGCUUGAACUGGCGUCUGGCUUCCGAGGGCCUGCACGUGGAGGAAUGCUCCCCCCACCCCGCCCCCGCCAUCCUUCCUUUUCCUGCGAGCCUGGGUUUGGCUGGGCUCCGACCGCUGCAGCGAAGAAAAGCGGACCAGUGUGGGAACGCAGCAAGAAGGAGCGGAGGGAGACUGUGGCCCGCAGAGGGCCUCCCCACGUUGAGAAGACCCUGCGAAGGACUGUUGGUUCCCUAGCCUGGUGCCAGAAAGGGGCCGUGAGGUCUCACGAGGUCCCUCCUGGCCUGUUUUGUUUUGCUGGACGUUGGAAUGAGUGUGGCACCCCUCUAUUUAGCAUGACCGAGCCCCGAACCCCAAGCAGGGUGUGCGCUGACAGCUACCCUAUCCCCAGCCCAGGGUUCUCCCAGCUCCGUGUAAGGCAGUGGGAACAUUGUAAGUAGAUGGCAUUUCUGUGACCUCCGUCUGAUAGGAGGAAGGGGGGCGCUCACCUGCUGGCCCCCACCUGUGCACCUGGAGAGCCGGACAGGAUCUGAGUGUAUUUAUUUUCCUCCCCAGCAGCUGGGGAGGGGGUUGGGGUACCGCAAGUAUGUUUUAGCAUGUGUUUGGUUCUGGGGCCCCUUCCGCCUCCCUUUGGGCUGAGAUGAAAUCCUUUUCGUCGCCCAGCUGGGGGCUGUGAGCCCCAGAUUCCCUGUCACCUCCCCCUUGCAUCCUGUGUAAUCAUUUCUUGGGCCUUCCUCAAACCUACCCAUAAAACAUAAAUGAUGAACAUUAUAAUAGCAAAGAAAGAAA